AUGAGUUUGUUAGCUAAAAAACUUUUUAGUUUUGGAGGUGCUAUUAAAAAUGUAAACAAAAAUUCUAUUAGACUUUCUUCUCAUUUCAUAUUUCAUCCAGACAAUGAAAAGCCAAUUGAAGGAGAAACGAAAAAGAUGAAUAUGAUGCAAGCUAUAAACGAUGCAAUGGACAUCACACUCAAAAAUGAUCCCACAGCCGUCUUAUUUGGUGAAGAUGUCGGCUUCGGAGGUGUUUUUAGAUGUGCCUUGGGAUUACAGGAAAAGUAUGGCAAAGACAGAGUAUUUAACACACCACUAUGUGAGCAGGGUAUUGCAGGGUUCGGUAUUGGAUUAGCAACCGCCGGUGCAACUGCCAUAGCUGAAAUACAGUUUGCAGAUUAUAUAUUCCCAGCCUUUGAUCAGUUAGUAAAUGAAGCAGCUAAGGCUCGAUACAGAUCGGGCGGUCAGUUUGACUGUGGAGCGUUGACGGUUCGCGCCCCUUGUGGAGCAGUGGGUCACGGAGGGUUAUAUCACUCACAGAGCCCUGAGGCAUUCUUCGCUCAUGCGGCAGGGCUGAAGGUGAUAGUACCAAGAGGUCCAAUUACAGCGAAAGGUCUUUUAUUAUCGUGCAUCCAAGAAAGGGAUCCCUGUAUUUUCUUGGAGCCAAAGAUUUUAUACAGAUCUGCCAAUGAAGAAGUCCCUAUUGAUAGUUAUACUUUACCGAUCGGAAAGGCUCAGGUUUUAAGAGAAGGUAAUCAAGUAACUCUAAUAGCGUGGGGCACACAAGUACACGUUUUACUUGAAGUUGCUCAAAUAGCGAAAGAUCAGUUUGGCGUUAGCUGUGAGGUUAUAGAUCUUAUGUCAAUACAACCGUGGGACGAAGAGACUGUUUGUAAUUCAGUGAAAAAGACCGGUAGAUGUCUAAUAGCGCAUGAAGCUCCACUCACUUGCGGUUUUGGCGCGGAAUUGGCAGCUACUAUUCAGGAGGAAUGUUUUCUUCACCUAGAGGCGCCUAUAUCUCGUGUAACAGGCUGGGAUGCGCCCUUUCCUCAUGUAUUCGAACCAUUCUACUUACCAGACCGUUGGCGUUGUCUAGAAGCCAUCAAAAAUUUGGUGCAAUACUAG